CGCGAGUCGGUCGGUGCAGGCCAGCCUGUGCAGGCCAGUCUGUGCACACGGACUGGAUUGGGGUGAGGGGGUUGCCGUGUUGUGGUGUCGGUGCGGUGCUUCGACCAUGACGGUGACUUACACGGCCGAGGUCACCACUGUCCGUCCGUUCGGCAAUUUCUGGCGGAUGCUCUUCAGAUGGCGGGGCUCCAUCUACAAGCUGGUCUGGCAGGACCUCCUCGUCUUCCUCGCCGCCUUCUACGCCGUCAACUUCACCUACCGGCUCGGGCUCUCGCGGGAGCGACGGCUGGUUUUCGAGUACGUGUCGAGGAUCUUCAACGAUUUCCUGAGCUUGGUCCCCAUGGCGUUCGUGCUCGGCUUCUACGUCUCGCUCGUCAUGAAGCGUUUCUGGGAUCAGUGGUGGAAGAUCCCCCGGCCGGAUGCCACGAUGGUCAAUCUCGUCGGAUACUUUCAAAAGGACAAUGAGAGAAGUCGGCUGAUGAGGAGAACUCUGGCUCGUUACUUGAACCUGAGCUACGUCAUGGCCAUGUCCGGGGUUUCUCCGAGGGUCAAGAGAAGGUUUCCGACCUUGCAGCAUCUCGUCGAAGUCGGGAUGCUAGAAGCGGGGGAGCUGCCGAUCCUGACGGGCCUGGGCGAGAAGUACAAGGGGAACCUGUUCUGGGUGCCGAUCGUGUGGUGCAUGACGAUCGCGAAGAAGGCGCUGGACGAGGAGCUGGCCGAUAGCGAGCGGGGAUACACGCAGACGGUGCGAUGCCUCGACGAGUUCCGCGAAGGCGCGAGGAAGGUCCUGGAAUACGACCGGAUUUCCAUUCCCCUCGUCUACACCCAGUUCUUCUUCUACGUGGGGUGGCUGAAGGUAGCAGAGACCCUGAUCAACCCCUUCGGAGACGACGACGACGACUUCGAGCUGAACGGGCUCGCCGACAGACACCUGCAGGUGAGCACCACACCCCGACCGCGAUGCUCGGGGAGUUCCGGGCAAGAGAGGAAACGCUGUGGACGGCACUUGCACCAUUUAGUUUGCUGUUACGGUGGCGUAAAUUUCGUGGCAGUAGUGCCAGACCUUAGCGAGACUAGUGUUUUUUUUUUCCACUCAGACGUCAUUCCGCUGGUUGCACGGGUAGUCACGCCGGAAACCAUCGAAGAAUGCUGGACCUUUGCCAUUUUUUCGUAUUUGAUAUGUAGGCUUUUGCGUGAUGACGCCUGGGUGGAAUGGAUCCGAAAUCCGAGGGUAGUAGGGAAGCGGAGACAGAAAAACAAGUGGAUCCCUGGAAUGGCGUCUAGGCGUGUAGAGAAAAAAAAAAAUCCACGAUAUGCGUUGCAACGACACAAAUUCUACUCGAUGGGUCGAGUCCCGUCUUAGCAUAGCCAUUGUCCUUCGGGGCGUUUUUGGUCGCGAUCGACGAAGCAUUCGAUGGACCAUCCUUCUUCCCUGCAAUCUCCCAAGGAAUGAACUUUGAAACUUCCACGAGAAAAACGGCUCCUGCUAGGGCGCUGGGCGGAAUGCUGCGACUUCUCACGUUUUCGAGUAACUGGUGAAAGUGAGUGUGAAUUCAAUCGUUGAGACCUAAAUUGCGAUGAGAUUGCGGGUUAUGAGUUUUUUCCCUCUGAAAACUGAGCGGCCAACUUUAGUUAAUCUUGAAAGAUUGUCCCUGUAAAACAGGGUGGUCUUGUUACAUACUGUCCCUAUGAUAACAGGAGAAGACAUUGUUCAUGAGACAGCCAGCACGUCCUAUGCGAAAUGAAGACGCUGUCCGCGUGUUAUCAAUGACAGCUCCCUGCCUGUCAGAGACGUGGUGCCGGAUGAUGGUGCCAUUAAUGCUCUCUUCAAAGCUGAUAAUUGAGGUUCAUAAGCAGGUUUUUAAACGCCCUUAAGCCCGAAAGGAAUAGAGAUUAGAAAGGGACACAUGUGUACCUUAUUUCGCUUCUGUACCUUUUCAACGAACGUAUUUUACGACAUACGUUUGUACCUCAUAACGUACAACAUAUGUACCUCACUGUAAGUUUCUGCUUUGCUGUGCAUGUACCGCUAAAACCUUGCUACGAAAUCUUUGGUUGGAAAGAAAGUCUUGCAACACUUUCUAAAACUAUUUAUAAAAAUUUUCAACGGAAUGAUGGGCGGGGCUUGCAUUUGUAUAUGCUGGAAUGUCCUCGAAGCUUCUGCCCUCGGGGUAUAUAAGGCAGCUUCUGCCAUUAGUUGGCAGCCAUGGCUCCGAUCGAACAAGAAACUCUUCGCCCAAUCGUCUACUACGAGUUCCUCCAAGGACACUCUGCGAGAGCCGCCCCGGACAACAUCUGCGCUGCAUUCAAGGGCAACGUCGUCCACUAUUACACGGUGUCUCGAUGGUUCAA